GACAUGAACAGCACGGAACGACGAGGGAGAAUGCCAAGACGGGCGGUUUUUCUGAACCUCGCUGCUCCGGUUUGUUGCAAUCGAGCGAUAGUCAGCAAGGUUCGAAUUGCAUUGCGCGAUUUGGAGUCACUGAUUCGUCGAUUUGAAGCCGGGAACCAUGCGCCUCCUCACGCACAACAUGCUCUCAUGCAACAUCAAGGGGGUGACGAAAGGCUUUCCGCUGAGCAUUGAAGUCCAAAGACUCGACACGAAGGAUGCCGAUUUCAACCCUGAUUUCUUGAGAAAUAUUUUCCCUAAGCUUGAGUGGAAGGCUUUUCACGAUGCCGCAGUGAGCAUUGGGUUGAAUGACAUUCCGGAGCAAGUCGACCCUACCAUGCUCGAAGACCAUGAAUUUCUACAAAAGUUUCAUCACGCUUUGCUCGAGGUACAUCUGGAGGAAGGCGCUUUAAUUUGCCCUGAAACCGGGCGCAGAUUUCCCGUUACGAAAGGCGUGCCCAACAUGCUGUUGCACGAAGAUGAGGUUUGAUGCUUUCUUCACCGAGGCAAUUUUAGCAAGAGCACCUUUUGCCAAACCUAUGUAUAUUUUCAAUUUUGAUAGUAGUUUACACCAUGAGAAAUGGGAAAAAAUUAGUAUUUUCAACUUAGGUGUGAGGAUCGGACCAUGUUUAGAUCCCACUUAUUGUACGAUUAUUUAUAAACAGGUCUAGACUGGGUUUCGGUCGGUUAGCACUGGCACCUGGUCUCCUUAAACAGGGAUCAAAUGAUAAUCGUGUGGAUUGUUGCGUUCUUCCUGACACUGGUGUGAUGGGAACUUUUAUAACAUUGGUGUGGAGUCCAGAGCUAGCAGAUUUUGCUCUCCACAAUCAAACUGUACAUUUCCGAACAUAUCUGUGAUCUUUCAAAUUCGGGAGGUUAAGAAAGCAAUUUGAUGACUGUUUACAUUCAUAAGACUUUGUAAUGAUAACUUUUGAGUUCUGAGCUCAACUUUUGAGUAUAAUUUUUACUUCUGAGUUCUGAGCUCAGUUCAGCCACGAUCGAGUUCUCGAACAUCUCAAUGAGGACUUCAAACUGGUGAGAGUGCUCUUGCCAGUCAACUUUCGGCCUGAAAGCAUUGUCUUCAUGGGGUCGCUAUUGAAACUAAAACUACGUGUUUUUGUCUAUCCACAUACAGCUAUCUGCCUGUGUGCUGAUGGAUGGAUCACAACCAUUCUC